UGGCAGAGUCUGGCUCCACCAUAUCCCAUCUCAUCGAAAUUCUGAAGGUAGCCAUGGCGGCUGUGAUGAAGCUCGACACCCUUGGUUAUGCAGCCAGGAUGUUCAGCAGGCGUUUGUUGGACGAGCAGUUCCAGCAGCUGCUUCUGCUCCAGGAUGGGAGAGAAGAGAAUCUCGUUGCCAAGAUCGUCACCCUCUUCUGCCAGGAAGCCGAGCGGAUCAUUGGCGAGCUCUCUAUGCAGCUGGACAAGCCAUGUGUGAACUUCGAAGAGGUGGCUGCUUUUGCGGAUAAGCUUGAGGGGAGCAGUGCAUGUGUUGGUGCUCAGAGAGUGAAGGAUUGCAACAUUCAGUUGCAUGAGAUUUGUCAGUGGAGGAGCAGAGAUAUGUGCCUGAAGAUACUGGCUGCUCUGAGGGCUGCUUUUUAUGAUCUGCGCGGCAUGUUUAAGGCUAUGCUUCAGGGGAUGUGA